CCCGAGCCGCAGUCGCGCCCUCUCACUGCCUGGCGAAGCCGUGGACGGCGCGCGGAGGCGAGCGUGGUGAAGAGGAGCCGCCGGCGCCGCAGCCUCAGCCGCAGCCGCAGCCGCCUUCAGGGCAUGAGGAUGGCCGUGGGCUCCGUCAAGAUGCAGCCGCCGUGCGAGAGUCCGGCCCUGGCCGCCGCGGCGGCGGUGGCGGCGGCGGACGGCGCCUUUCGCCGCAGCCCCAGCGCCCGCGAGCCGGAGCGCGAGCCGCUGCAGGUGCCGCCGCGGCCGCGGCUGCGGGACCUGCCGGCGCUGCUGCGGAGCGGCCUCACUCUGCGGAGGAAGCGCAGCGCCGCCGGGGGCCGGACUCUAUCAAGAAGAAUUUCCAAUCCAUACCUUGAACCUACUCCUUCCCAGAUUUAUGGAGAGAAUUCUUCUUGUGCAGGAAGAGCACUGAGGAAUAUUAUCACCGUUCAGGCAGCUGACCUGAUAAAGGACAGGGUGAACCUCAAGGGAUUUUACAGGAGAAGCUGCGUUGGGUCGGAACUGGUAGACUGGCUUCUAGAACACUGUCCUUUGGUCCAAUGCAGAUCUAUGGCCAUAGGGGUCUGGCAGCUCCUACUGGAUAUGGGAAUUAUGUCAUCAGUGGACCAGCAUUUAUGCUUUCAAGAUACCUAUGUUUUCUACCAGUUUUCGUCUGAUGAGUGUAGCUACUUGUACUGUGAAUUUGAAAGAGAAGAGGCGUGGCAAAAUGGUGUCAAACUUUUACUGCAGCUUGUGCCUCUUGUUCCCACUAGAGCUGGCAUCUGUGAACUAUCUCAUCAGAAAAUUGAAGACUCAGAAGAGAGCAGUGAUGAAAUUCUUUGUCGUCUAACGUCUGCGGUGCAGAGAGAGCUAGCAGCUGUUAUUGCUUUGAAAGCAAGGAAGUCUGCAAUUGAACAAGAUGAAGAAAACAGUGACAAACACGUAACUGUGACAGAGGCUGAAGGUGUGGCAGAUCCUCAGGCCGGGGUGAUAUGCAAACUUCAGGAGAGAGAUGAUAUCGGGCGAAUUGAACUGGUCCAGAAGCUGGCAAGAGAAAACUGUCAAUUUUUGCAGACGGACAAAAAAGAACAGGAGAAGUCUGAACAUCAGGAUGAUGAAGUGACAACCGUUCAGGUUAAAGAGCAGGACCGGGACGUCCUGGUGCUGAAGAAAGUGCAGAGCUGCGGCCCAGCCCCCCAAGCGGGGAGCGCGGAGAGCAAUUGGAGAUACGUGGUCGUGUCCGGGACCCCGGAGAAGAUCUUGGAGCACCUCCUGAAUGACUUGCACCUGGAAGAAGUCCAGGACAAAGAAACAGAGACCCUCCUUGAUGACUUCCUUCUCACGUACACGGUCUUCAUGACAACUGACGACUUGUGCCAGGCGCUGUUGAGGCACUAUUCUGCUAAGAAGUAUCAAGGCAAAGAAGAAAACUCAGAUGUUCCUUGUCGGAAACGGAAGGUCUUGCAUCUUGUUUCCCAGUGGAUUGCUCUGUACAAAGACUGGUUACAUGAAGAUGAACAUUCAAAAAUGUUUUUAAAGACCAUAUACAGAAAUGUACUGGAUGAUGUAUAUGAAUACCCAAUACUUGAAAAAGAACUGAAAGAAUUUCAAAAGAUACUUGGAAUGCACCGUCGUCACACUGUAGAUGAAUAUUCACCACAGAGGAAGAAUAAAGCCCUUUUCCACCAAUUCAGUCUUAAGGAGAACUGGCUCCAGCAUAGAGGAACUGUGACGGAAACAGAGGAAAUUUUCUGUCACGUGUAUAUAACGGAGCACUCCUAUGUCAGCGUGAAGGCAAAAGUUUCCAGUACAGCCCACGAGAUCCUGAGAGUUGUGGCGGAAAAGAUCCAGCAUGCGGAAGAGGAUCUGGCUCUGGUAGCCGUCACAUUCUCUGGGGAAAAGCAUGAACUUCAGCCAAAUGACUUGGCCAUCUCCAAAUCCCUUGAAGCAUCUGGUCGGAUAUAUGUCUACCGGAAAGACCUGGCUGACACUUUGAAUCCUUUUGCAGAAAAUGAAGAAUCACAGCAAAGGUCAAUUAGGAUUUUGGGAAUGAACACUUGGGAUAUUGCUCUGGAAUUAAUGAAUUUUGAUUGGAGCCUCUUCAAUUCAAUUCACGAGCAAGAGCUGAUCUACUUCACGUUGAGCAGACAAGGAAGUGGGGAGCACACAGUGAACCUGAGCCUCCUGCUCCAGAGAUGCAAUGAGGUCCAGCUCUGGGUGGCCACGGAGAUUCUGCUCUGCAGCCAACUGGGCAAGAGAGUGCAGCUGGUGAAAAAAUUCAUCAAAAUUGCUGCUCACUGCAAGGCCCAGAGAAACCUGAAUUCUUUCUUUGCUAUUGUGAUGGGUCUCAACACUGCCUCUGUCAGCCGGCUGUCCCAGACCUGGGAGAAAAUCCCUGGGAAGUUUAAGAAACUUUUUUCUGAACUUGAAAGUUUAACGGAUCCUUCCCUGAAUCACAAAGCUUACCGAGAUGCAUUCAAAAAGAUGAAGCCACCCAAAAUCCCUUUCAUGCCCUUAUUGCUUAAAGAUGUAACAUUCAUUCAUGAAGGAAAUAAAACAUUUUUGGAUAAUCUUGUCAAUUUUGAAAAACUGCAUAUGAUUGCAGACACCGUCCGAACACUGAGACACUGCAGGACUAACCAGUUUGGAGGUGACAUAUCUCCAAAAGAGCACCCAGAGUUAAAAUCCUACGUUCAUCACCUGUGCGUCAUUGACAGCCAGCAGGCCCUGUUUGCGCUCUCGCACAGGAUCGAGCCACGGGUGUGAGCCCUCCCCACGCCUCGCCACCCCGGAAUCACAGCCCCGGAGCUACGGGGAUGGCAGCGCCGAGCACAUUGCUUUCCUGAGAGAAAAGAAGUUGCUGAGUUUUAUCAGCAUAUCACAAGACAUCCACAGGAAAGCCAGCCUGAGCGUGCUCGCGAAGUGAUGUCAGCUGCCAGAGAUGCGGAGAGGCUGCUGUCGGAAGGAGGAGGCAGAAGCUUUCUCGAAAUGGAGAAGUCUGGUUUCUUAGGAUCACCUUGUUGAACCAAUCCAAUUUUCACUUUGAGAUGCGCCAGCGUCAAGACGAGAGACCGUCUCGUGUCAUACGGUGACCAGAUAUCUCAGUAAGAGCAUGUGUGAGCCUGGGAGGAGUUUUACUUUGCCUGGCAGUAGAUGACUGUUUCUAGGCUGUCAAAGCAGGAGCUCGUUUGAACACCUGAAGACAGUGAUGGCAUCUCUAGGUUUCCAGGGAGACGGACCGGUCUCUGUCUUUAUGAACUAUGACAUCACCAAAAGCCACUUGUGUCUAGGGAGUUAGUGAGGACUGGCAACUGGCAUCCCUGCUCUGAUCUCCAGAAGAGAAAUGUCAAGGCAUGCAUUUCUUGGCAUCCACAGUCACUUAGUGAUGUAUGCUUGCAGGUGAAAUUCGUUUCUGCGCAACUGAUUCACAACUGUAGGCAAGUUAGACUAAGUUGCGUUGCCAACACGGAAGAACAGUCACCUUUAAGAAAUCGACUCAUUUAAUUUCUGGGGAUUUUCUUUCCACGUGCAAGCAGGCUCUCAUCUCUUCUUGGGUACAAUACGAUUUUUGACAAAAGCUCAGUGCCUGACACAUUGCAGGCACUCUUAACUGUUUCUGGAGGCGACAGUCACAAAGGCCCGCCUUCUUGUGCCUGGCGAUGCCCUCGUGUGUUGCUUGCUUCCAGCAGCCUCAUGCCCACACUCUGGAAUGAGAACGGCCCGUACAGGGAGGUUAAGUGGGAUUUGAUGUGUGAAGCACUUAGCACUCCCUGGAGAAGAACAAGGGGUUAAAAUAGUGGUGAUUGCCCAUCUUUCAGCAAAUGAAAAGAACCCCAAAGAUCCAAAUGUCUGAUGUAUGUUGGACACUUGGAAGUCCUAUAGUCCACCUCCCAACCAAGGCAGGGAGCCUUUCUAUAAUUUGCCUUUUUUUUUUUCUUUUUUUUUUCAAAGUCUCAGAGUCUUUUAAGUCUUUUUAUUCCCAUUUUUACAGGUUGGGGCUCCUACAGUAAAUAUGACCUCUUGCUGUUCUCAAGAACUGGUUAGAGGAUUUCCCUCAACCUUCAAACGAACAAAAAAGCCUGUGGGAUACAGUAACGAAAUCCACCCCUGCCAGCUAGAUCCUUGUCACUUUGCUAAAAUACAAGGGCCCUGCUUUGCCUAUUAGCUUCAUUCAUUUUCCACACAUGUGAUCCCGGUGCCCCUCUCACCACUCCUGCCUGGUCCUCUCCUUGGUGCCCGUACAGAAUCGCUUCUUCUUGUCUCAUCAGCACCUCAUUACUGAGAUGUGUCCAAUGCUUUCUUACACCUUCAUAGCAGUGCUGUUUCCUGGGCUCGGGAACCACACUGGGCUUGAGAGAUCACUGGAAGGAACCACGUGGAGCAAAUUUGGGGUAGGACUUUGAAAGAGAGUCUGUCCCAGCAUGUCACACUUCAGUCCUGAACAUUAACAGGGCUUUAUAGAAAGGCGCCAUCCAGGGCUAGUCCGCUCAGAGAAAUGCCCCAGGCUACUGGGAAUGGAAUGAGACUCAUUGGAGGAGAUCAGAGCCAUCAGAACCAGGGAAAAGAGACUUUUCUCGUGGCUGAUCAAACACUGGAAAAGCUCUCCCCUUGGCAAUUACUGAGGACGGUGUGGGCUUACAGCACCAGUGUGUGUUCUGGUCUUUUCUCUAUGCUCGGGAGUAGCAUUGGGCCAUUCUAAUCCUACGAGGCCAUUUUGACAUUGUCUCUGUGUUUUACAGUUUAAAUGGUUAUUCACAUUAGAUCUACAUUGCUUCAACUAAAACUAUUGCAGUUGCUCCAGCGGAGAACUAUUUUAGCACAGCACCUGCUGCUUGGACCUCAACUCAGAUGUGUGCAUGGCCAAACGAAUCCACACGUAUAUCACACCUAAACAGAUUUUGAGGGUGUAGUCAGAGUACUCCACAUGGUAUGGGUGGAAACAGACUGGGAGAGAACGGCGCUUGCUCACUGUUUCCUCCAGCCAUGGUCUUGUGGCUCUUGGGGCAGCAAAAGGAAAGGAGGAUUUUGUUUUGUUUAGAUGUGCUUUUCCAUCCCUGUCUUCUGAAAGUCAAAAUCUCUAAAUCUGCCUGAAAUUUAACAGCUAUCUCCAGAGGUUUCCCAGGCAGCAGCUCUCAGAAAUUUCAGAAGCAAUGAGAAGACGUGAAUCUGGAAUCAAUGAAUUCAAGGCAGAAUCAUGGGAACCAGAUGUAGUUCAACGUGAAGCUCUUUCUAAUGAGUCUGGAGCUGUCCAAGUGAACAGGCUGCAGGGGACUUAAGCAGGGUCCCUGUUAAUAGGGAUGGGUCAUAUUCCCUCUGCAUAUAUCUGCCAAGGCCUCUUUGGAAUAGGUUUUGUUCUGGCCAGAAGGGUGGCCAGGAGGACCUGUAAGCUCCUUUCUAACUCUGUUAAAUUUUCACAAUCGCACGAAAUCUCCAUUCACUCUGAAAAAUCUCCUAUCAUCUGAGACCUUCACCAGCGACGGGUGCGUGGGCACUUCUAAGGGGGUUCUUUUUGCUAUGGCACAAUUUUCAGACAGUCCUAUGGGUCUUUGGAUUUGUCAGCAUUCCAGCAAACCAGCCGUGCUUAGAAGUUAGCACAGAGCAAGUUCCUAUCGGCAAAAUCACAACCACUCAAAAAUUUUUUUUUAAUUUUUCCAUACACAUUUGCAGAUGCUCCAAAGACUACAGUGUUUUAUAAUAACUUCACUCUUCAUUAUAAUCUGUAUAAUUGCCAAAUGGUUGUAGUGAUACAUGUUAUGGCCUGCGUUCACUUUAUUCUAGUAUCUCUUUAGAAUAAAUUCAUUUUCCUAGACCCCUGUGCACAAGCAAGUUGGGUGGAGAAUACCUUAAAUUCAGAAGCAUAGGGACAAAGUAAAAACCCGUACCUCCCAGCUUGUAGGGAGAUGUUGCACUAAUGCAUACUCACCUCCAAGUAGGGAGACACAGUGGCAUCAAAGAGAAGGUGCUGGUGACGUUUGAUCCCUGGAGCUGGGCUUUCACUGCUGCCCCGAUCCCUGCCCAGUGGUUUUGUUGCAGCCAUCACACACACCACAGAUUCCAAGUGUCCCUAGAUGGCACAGCUAAUCUGAGCUUCUCAGAAACUAGGCAAAAACAUUAAAAUGGGGAAUAUCAGGUCCACUGUGGUGAUCUAACAUGGAUAGCAUUUCUUUUAAAUGCUUCAAAGACAUGUCCUUAAAUUUUCAGCCUGCUUAUUAACGAGUGAGCCAUUGUGCUUAAAACUAGUGCUGGAAAAAAGUUUUUAAAAAUUGCCAAAAAGUUAGAUGAAAAUGUACUAUAUAAAGCAAAGCUGUAUAUACUAAACAUUUUUUAGCAGAGUAAUAUUUAUUUGCAUAGCCUAUUUAUUGUAUUCGUAUUACACUGUUAUCAAAUACUGGGAUGAAAUCGAUGACCAGAAGCAAGGACUUUUGCCUUUUAAUGUAUCAUUAAUUAGGACCGCUGUGACAUUAUCAGCUUUCAUUAACAGAAGAUAGAAAACCCACAAUCAGGGCGUCUACCUAACUUCUCAGGGACUACACUUUGUAGUUUUCCACCAUUAGAAGAGCUGGUAAAUAUGAAACAUUUGUGGAAUUACCAGAAUUGCCAUUAACAGUAUUUUCUUUCUCAUAUUUCAUGCUUUCUGCUUCUGUAUAUAUGACUGUGCUGUGUAUUUAUCAAAGCUAGUAAGCAAUAAUUUAUAUGUAAAA